UUCGUCAUCAACACUCUAAUCCUUGAUUUGUACCUGAGACAACGAGCAUCCCUGACCUUUUCAUAUAGGAUUUCCCCUCGGGUUUUGAACAUCUGCAUCUAAGGUCAUUUUACAGUCGCUUGCACCGUGUCAAGUUAGUUCAUUCUUUGAAUUUCUGACGAAAGUACUCAAUAUCUUACCACAGACGUGCUCUACAUUGAAUAAAUUUUCGCACAAACAUUUUUAUAAAUAAAAGGUACCUGUAAUUAUAUAAAUAGCUCAUUUCCCGAAGGUGCCCGCUCAUACAGGUUUAACCAUAUUCGAAAAAGAAGACAUUGGAAGUCACAAAAUUAACAAGCUGUAUGAAUUUUUCGAAUGAUUCAAGCCAUGAUUAAAUGUUUUAGAUGAUCAACAGUCAACAGAAUUGAGGAGAAUUCGAACAAUCUGUUGCACUGUUUAUUUAAACGAUGUUGUAAAUAAAUACACAUAAAUACGGACAUGGUGAAAUGAGGAACAAAUAGUUGAUAAACAGAAGAAAGAACAUUACACAAGGCUGGGAGUUCUGCAGUCUUUAAUAUAGCCUUGGAAAGGGAAAAAAGAGGUUAUUACAAGAUGGGGUAUAUGUAUUUGGUCACCUAUCGAAAUACGUACCCAGCUGAACAGGGCUAAAAUGAGAAAAGGUAACAAAGAGAGAAAAAAAAUCUCUGAUAUUGGUUGGGAAAAUAAAGAACGAAAGAAAUUAGAGAAAUGAAAACGAAAAUUUUCACUUGCUUUGGUGAUCAGACAAUAAGCAGUACUUUCUGUAUAAUUGUCUAGGUCUCUCGGAGGAAGAUAACUCAGUCUCUUGGACUGAUAAAUUCAUGAAUGUUUUCAGCAGUGUUACAUCUCCUUGUGUAUCCUCUUACUGUUGAGUUUUGCCCUAUUUCUUAACAAUGCCAGUGGGCUUUAAUUUUAACUUAACCUACAGAUUAAAACCUCAAGUCACUGUCGUCAAAAUGGUCACUGUUUACAGACAAUCCAUUCUCCAGGUUGAGUGGCUCAUAGCCACUUUGAUCUAGUUUUGUGUAUACAUCCUGCAGCAUUUAAAAACUAAGUAUGAACGUCAUUUGUAUUAUUUACAAGAAAUGGCUCCAUAUGAUGAACCUUUGCGCUCUGAAUUACUUGGUGGAAAGUUCACAAUCUUGGACGCUCGAGACUCAGGAGGUGCAGCAAUAGCAAUGUUCACGGCUAGAGAACACUUUCCUGCAGCAACAAGUCACAGGACAGUCAUUCAGGGUAUUGCUUUCCAGUUGGAUGAGUGUCUGAAAAGUUGCGAAACACAGAAGAAUGGCUUGGUUCUGCUGUAUGAUAUGACGGGAUCAGGCUAUCAUAAUUUUGAUUACAGUCUUGCUCGUAAAGUGAUGGACCUAUUAAAGGGUGGCUACCCAGCUAGACUCAAGAAUGUUUACAUCAUCUCUCCUCCCCUGUGGUUUAAAGCAGUGUUAACAUUUUUCUCAAACUUCCUUCAAGAAAAACUUAAGGAAAGAAUUGAAGUGGUCCCUAAAGAAAUACUGCCUCAAAGAUUUCCAGAAUCUUCCAUCCCAGAAUGUUUAGGAGGAACACUCAAAGUGGACCACUUAGCUUGGUUAAACAAGUGCCUUGUGUCAUAUUCCCAGACACUGGCAGAAAACAGCACCCGUAAUGGAGGACCAAAAGACUUUUCAAGGCAUAUGCCUAACAGUUAUGUAAGAACUGUUGAGUCUUCAACAUUUGAUCAGACGGGACUAAGAAAUGAAGGUGCUUUGACUGUGAUGGAAUUUAUUGAGCACAUGAUGAAGCUGCAAAGGAAAGGAGUCAAGAUUGAGUUUGUUAAUUUAAAGAAGCAGGGAGGUGUUGGAACUUUUCAGUCAGCAAGAUUGCCAGAAAAUUUGAAGAGAAAUAGAUACACUGAUGUUUUAUGUCUUGAAGAAACAAGGGUGAAGAUUUGUGAUCUGGAUGGUGAUACAACAUCUAACUAUAUUCAUGCAAACUUUAUGGAUGGGUACAAGCAGGCUAAGGCAUAUAUAGCCACACAAGGGCCCCUUCCCCAGACUGUAGGACAUUUCUGGCAGAUGGCCUGGGAACAACAGGUUUAUGUCAUUGUCAUGGUAACAAGGUGUAUUGAAAGAGGUCGCAUGAAAUGCAUCCAGUACUGGCCAGAGAAUCAGGAAACACGACAGUUUGCAACUGUAGAUGUGUCGCAUGAAGAAACAUUGGAAUUUGAGGAUCAUGUUGAGAGGGUUUUCUGGAUAACACAUAAAAAGUCAGGAGAAAAGCGGAGAAUAGUUCAUUUUCAAAUGACAUCAUGGCCUGAUUUUGGGGUGCCUUCUUCAGCGGAAUCCUGUCUCCAUGUUGUUGGUCUUGUUCGUGAAGCUCAAACUGAUGCAGUGCAAGCCUUAGGGCCUAAAUGGAGGGGACAUCCUAAGGGGCCUCCCAUUAUAGUGCAUUGCAGUGCAGGCAUUGGUCGUACAGGGACCUUCUGCACUAUUGAUGUUAAUGUGGCACGUUUGACUGAUGUGGGCGAAUGUGAGGUGUUUAACACAGUGAAGCAAUUUAGGACUCAGAGGGCCCUAACUAUUCAGACAGUUGAACAGUACGAGUUUUGUCACUUGGCCAUUUUAGAGCAUGCAUUGAACAUGCCAAGUACAAGGCAAGAAGAAAAAGAGGCCAUCAGAGAUUUUUUGGAAGGGUGGAAAAUGCAGCGAAGAGAUUCCAGCGACACUGAUUAAAUCACUUAGAGAGCCUCUCAGAUGUGCUCAAAUAGAGUUGAGUGUAUUCUUUUGUUUCAUUUGCAAUUAUUAUUAAGUUGCAUGUAAAAGCCUAUACAGUACUUUUGAUGUGAGGUAAAAUUAAUAAUAGCAAAUUGACUCUAGAAUGUUUGUUUAGCACAACAACAUUAAUUGUUAUUAUUGUUGUUGUGCUAAAUUGUUGUUGUGCUAAAUGGUAUUACAGGUAAUUAUUACAUGUAAUACCCAGGCUAAGAUGUUUAAAACUCAGUUGUUUUAAUCCAGGAUUAGUGUGAAUAUUUUUUGAUUUCAGUCUUACAUCUGUUCAGUAAUUGAGGUUUUCUAUUUGUAUCUUCUUUUGUUUAGUUUUGAUGCUGAAUAAUAUGUAUUGAUCACCACAAAACACUAGCAAUAUGAAACACUUGAAAAUGUACAAGAGGAAAUAAACCAAAUUUUAAUCCUGGAUUAGCAUUAGUGAGCUUUUGAACAACUCAUGCCAGGAUUACAUAAGUCAACUGGUAUUCUCAAGAGAGCAAUAUCCUCUGCAGGUUAUUUUCAAUGGUUUUCAUUCUCAUAACCUGUUCACUUGUCAAUUUAGUGAUAUUGUAAAGAGAAAUUACAAUUGUAAGUGUCGAUAAACUCCUUAGAAUUGAAGGGUUUUAAAAAUUUUCCAUAAAUUUUGUAAUAAUGAAUAAUAAAAUGUCCCAGGAAUUACACUUGCCUUGACUGGUCAGCUCAAGCACGAGUACUACGUCUUGUUCAUGUUUUAUCAAGUUAUAAUGCACAUGGCCUAUGUCACGAGUUUGAGUGCAAGUGGCUUCUUGAGCAUUUUCGAAGUAUUAUAAGCACUUGUUUAUUUUUAGCAAAUGUUCUAGGGAAGUGUAAGAAGCACUUGGCUGAGCCUCAUGCCUCAUUGCUGUGCACAUUUUUAUAUUCUUAAAAAUUGCUGUGCUUAUUCAACUCAGCACAAUGUCUUGCAAGUGUAAACUCCGCCCUUAUUUUAUUAUUAUGACAGGUAGAACGAUCAAAACUUCUUCAGCUCUAAGAACCGAUUUCGUAAAAUUUCUUUGGUAUUUAUGAAUUUUUUAGGAAAACAUUAAGUUUCUCUGACUGAUAUAUAAUAUUAUUAUGAUAAAUAAUUAUCAUUAAAUUGCAGUAUUAACCUCUUGUUUAAGUUAAAAACAUAUUGAAAGUCAUCAGGUCUCAAUAAUUUUUUCACAAAAUUAUGAAAUUUAUAAAAAUGACCAGUUUUCAAUUGUACAUACAUGUAUAUUAAUUAAUUAAAUUGACUUUCAUAUUUUAGAAUAGUUUAGUACAUUCUUUUUACUGAAAAUAUUGUUGAUGUCAAUACAGUAAUUUAUUAGCAAUAAUAAUUAUUAUUGUUCUAUUGUACGAUUGUGAACAAUCCCUUAUUUAAAAACCUGAAGGUCAACAUCUUGGAUUUGUAGAAGCUUUACAUUUUACAGGUCUAGGAACAGAAGUCUGUUCAUCUGUUAUCAUGUUACCCAUUUUCAAAAAUUUCGGCCAGCAUUGCUGAGAUAUUCAAAUAAUAUUAUUUCUAAGAAAUGAUGCAAUAAUUACAUUGUAGAGUGUUGUUCACUCUCUGACAAUGUGCUGUUUUAAACAUGGUUUUUGGUUUGAUGAACACGUUUUGGGUGCAGGCUAGCUGGCAUCAUGUAUAAAUUAUAAUACCUAUAUAGUGGUGACUGUCUUUUGUGGUCACAUUCUCCAUCUGACUAAACUUGGUUACUUUAGUAUUGUAAGUCACAGACUUAAUGACAUACUGUAGUCAAGAUGUAGUUAGUGUUACAGUCGAACCCCUUUUAAGCAGCUAUCCUCAGGGAAAUGGGAGGUGGCCACUUAAUAGGGGUUGGUGUACUUUAAAUAUUUUGUUACCAUCAAGUUAAUUCCUUAGUGAAACUGGAAUCACGUCAAGAGAAUUGUGAUAAACGUAUAUUUGAAUGUUUUUAUCAGUCGUCCCAUUCUAUUUCGGACUCUUAUCUGUUAUCGUCUUUUCUAAAACAAGGCAAACUACUUGACUGUGGCCAUUUAAUAGGGAUAAAGACAAUAAGAAAACCCUCAUUGGGACGACCAAAAGGUGGCUGCAGCCACUUAAUAGAGGUGGCCGGUUAAUAGGGGUUUUUAUAGAGUAUUUUACUGACAAUGAUUUCGGAACUUCAACAACUGGCCGCUUAAUAGAGGUUCAGCUGUAUUCAUAUAGUGUGGUGUUUUUAUGGAGUUAUGUGCGAUAGUGGAGUAUUGUUAAAUUGGAGGCUUCAUCCACAUAUAAAUGUACAGCUCACUUCAAAAAUGUAGAUGUGUCAAAUGGAUGAAUUUCUCUUUCAGGUGUGAAAAUUACCUAUGGGAAAACAAUAUGUGGUUUUAAAAACUUUCAGUAUGGACAACUUUAGCCAAAAAGUUCAUAUUUAGUGAAAUCAGUCACCAUUUUUCACAGUAAUGAAUUAAAUUCAUGUAUAGAUCUAGGGCUUAGAAAUUGAUGUAUUUAUUAAAAUGUGGUUUUGUAUUCAAAUAGCAAUAAAAAAAAUAACAGUUGUA